AUGAUUCAAUUAAGCCUUAAUGGCACAUUGAUUAUUAUAUUGUCACUAAUAUUGGGCCACUUUAUCUCAAUUUCACUUGCCUCCCCACAAUUUCAUAUAGUGAAUGAUAAUGAUGCUUUUGGUAAUCAUUGUAAGUUGCCAACUUAUUACUCGUAUCCAUGCCCGGAACUUUGUGUACGUGAUAUUGCCAUGUGCCCCCCAGAUAAUAAACCUCCAACUUGUCCAGAAGGUACAACUUACUGUGUUGAUAGUCAAUGUCGUGAGAUCUGCGAUGACUCUCUUGUAUCUGUAUGUGCUUGUCCCGGUGCUCCUGCAUUAAUCGGUAAGGUGUAUUCUUGUGGUGGUAACAAUCUUCGAACAAAUAUUGAAAAUUUUGUGGUCGAAAAUAAGGCCAACCAAAGUGCUGAAGCAUGUGCAAAAGCUGCAAAUCUUCAAAAUAUUCCUAAUUGGUUACCUAACCCUAAAUCUGCUAUGUGGCAUCAAUGCCCUACUCCUGAUUAUGGCCAACUUACAUUUACAGAACCAGUUUUCAUUGCUCUCUAUAGCUUUUAUGGUUCUUGCUUUAUAUCGUUAUUUUUUUGGUUUUUAUUUAAAAAAUUUACUGAAAAGCCACAACAAUUAUCAACGAAAAAAGCCAAUGAAGUUCAUAGAGAUACAUAUAUUGAUCCCGAGCAUAUAUUAUCAUUGGAAGAGAAAAAAAUGGAUACAAAAUCCAAAACUACUAAUAGCUCAGAUAGUUUUUCUGAUUUUGAUGAUAAUGAUACAAUCAUACAUGCUUAUAAGCGAAACUGGCUUGGUGAUAUUUCUCUCUUGUUUUUUAUUUUACAAACAGUGGGACAGGUAGCUUUCAUGAUACUCAUGACACAGGAUUACUAUACAAAUUACUCUCUUUUCCGUGGCUAUGGAGAAAUCCAGGCUAGUACCUUUAUUGGAAUGUGGAUCAAAUGUAACUAUGCAGAGGGUCAAUAUGUUCAAAUUGAAAGGCGUCAAUCCCCUUUGAUUCUCAUGGUGGAUCAAUCAGAUCGUAUUACAGACUUUGUUCGAUAUUUAGAAUGGAAAUCUAAGCGUAUACUUGGCUUGGAUGUAGUAGUGACUAAUGCACCACUUCGUUAUACCUCUAGUGGAACCAAAUAUUUUGUCUAUCAAUGUACACGUUAUGUUUAUCAUCCAGAAAGUGAUUCCUUUUCGCCUCAUCAAUUUCAUUUAGCUGAUACUCAUGCUGGUCUUGCUGCCUUAGAUUAUGGGCUGACUUCUGAAGAAGCUAUUAUGAGAGAAGAAUUAAUUGGUCCUAACUUUAUUGAAGUCUAUGUCCCAAAUUUUGUCAUUGCCUUGUUUCGAGAAUUUUCAUCCUUCUUUUACAUUUAUCAAUUUACUAUUCUUUGGUUGUUUUACUAUUUUGCUUAUUGGCAAGUGGGUAUCGCUGAUACUGCUGUCAUUCUUGUUUCUGCUCUGGUAAAGGUAAUCGUUCGUCUUCGAUCUGAAAAACGAAUUAAAAAAAUGGCCGAAUUUACAGAUCGUAUCAACAUUCUUCGUGAUGGCCACUGGCAAGAAAAAUCGAUUGCAGAUCUUUUGCCAGGGGAUGUCUUUGAAGUGACAGAGGGUAAGACAACUCCUUGUGAUGGUGUUAUAUUGACAGGCAAUAUCGUUGCUGAUGAAAGCUCCUUGACAGGCGAGCCCUUACCUAUUCGUAAAUUCCCUCUACGAAAGGAUGAUGUAGAGACAGUCUUUGAUCGUUUAGGAAGUAGCAAGAUGUCUACUAUCUUUUCUGGUACCAUUAUCUCUCAAGCUCAACCUGCUUCGAAUGAGAGUCGAGUGACUGCUCUCGUAACUCAUACGGGUACUGCAACUGAUAAAGGUGAGCUUGUCAAGAAGAUCUUAUUCCCAACCCAUGUUUCCUUUAUUUUUGAUGAGCAGAUUAAGGUUGUCAUCUUAAUCUUACUUUGCUGCGGUUUACUUUGUCUUGGCUUAGCUAUCUGGAUGUACGCAAAGGGCACAAGUGCAUGGUUUUAUGCGAUGUUUGCUAUCUCUCAACUUGUCUCCCCUUUGCUUCCAGCUGCCUUGGUUGUAGGCCAGUCCGUUGCUGCCAACCGAUUAAAAGCGAAAAAGAUCUUUUGCGUUGACUUGCCUCGAAUCCUGAUGGCAGGUAAAGUUCAACUCUUUUGUUUUGAUAAAACAGGGACCCUCACAAAGGAAGGACUUGAAUUCUUUGGCGCUCAACCGAUCAAGAAGAAAGCUCAGAAUAAGCCACUACCAGAAUUUGAUAGACAUGAGAGAUCAGUCGAUCGCUUACCUCAUUUAGUUCAAAUCGGUCUUGCGACGUGUCAUGCUGUAACAACCUUAAAUGGUCAAUUUAUAGGAAACCCUGUGGAUAUUGAAAUGUUUAGGUCCUCUGGAUGGCAAUUAAACGAUCAUACUGACUAUAUUGAUACUCUGACACCACCACCACCACCACCAUCAUCAUCAUCUCUUUCUCAAACUGAUAAUCAAUCUCCAAUUCAUGUCUUGAAACGCUAUGAAUUUGUUCAUGCUCGUAUGUCCAUGUCCGUUGCUGUCUUAGAUACAGCCACGAACAAGGUUCAUAUCUUUAUCAAGGGGGCCUAUGAAAAAAUUAAGGAACUCUCUCAUCCAGAUUCGAUCCCUCAGGAUUACGAUCGUAUAACUGCAAAUCAAGCUAGAGAAGGCUGUUAUGUGCUUGCUCUUGCGCAUCGUGAAAUCAACUUGGAUCAAAUAGUAGGUGGCCUUGAUGGCUUUCAACAAUGGAAACGAGAUGAAAUGGAAACUGAUAUUCAUUUUUUGAGCCUUAUUAUCUUUAAAAAUCAGUUGAAACCUGAUACGUCAGAGAACAUUGCUGAAUUGAAACGAGGUGACACACGCACGAUCAUGAUUACGGGUGACACAGCCCUUACAGGUGUCUAUAUCGCUCGUCAAUGCGGCAUGACGACAUCAAAGACCAGUCGGGUCCUCUUGGGCGACUUGGAUUCGCAAAGGGGACGUGUCGUCUGGUGUGAUGUGGAUGAUCCAGAGACAUUCCCAGACAUCAAUGUGGAUCAUUCUCUGAUGAACAAAGAUCAUACGCCUGUUGAACUCGCUGUUACCGGGAAAGCAUUCGAAUGGUUAAACGAUCACGACCUGAUGCGACAGUACUUACUGGAUACGCGUGUAUUUGCUCGUAUGACACCUAAUGGUAAAGUAAAAUGUGUUCAGCUGCAUAUGGAACAAGGGAUUACAGCUAUGACUGGUGAUGGUGGUAAUGAUUGUGGUGCUUUACGUGCAGCGCAUGUGGGGAUUGCUAUGUCUGAUGCUGAAGCAUCUAUUGUUUCUCCAUUCAAUACAAGUAUUCGUAGUGUUCGAUCCUGUGUUGAAUUAAUUCGUCAAGGUCGUGGAGCUCUAGCAACAUCCAUUACUGGUUACAAAUACUUGAUUUUAUAUGGACAAGUAAUGAUGAUGUUGAAAAUCUUUGCUUUUUACUUUUCAGUUUCUAUGUCAGAAGCUAUCUGGAUUGCUAUUGACGUUUUUAUUACAGUCUUACUUACAUAUGCUGUCUCACAAUCAAAAGCUGCUUCAAAUCUUUCUCCUCAUCGACCUACAGCACGUUUACUUGGUCCUCAAGCACUUGCCUCAGGUAUGGGUCUAGUUGCUAUUAACUGGAUAUUUUUAAUUAGCGCUUUUGUAAUGCUUUAUAAGCAAGAUUGGUUCCUAUGUAAUGAAUUUGAUUCACGAGCAGUUGACUUAUCUAAAUGGAUGCUCUUAGCGGAUAAUUAUGAAGGAGAGGUACUAGGUAUUGUUUGUCUUUAUCAAUUCAUCAACAAUGCAGCGGUUUUUAAUUUCGGUUACAAAUUUCGACAAAGCUUUUGGAGAAAUUAUACACUUGUAUGUCUUUGGCUCUUGUAUCUAGCGAUUGCCUCCUAUUGGACAUUAGCAGAUCCAAAUCGAUUUGGAUGUAUGUUUCGUUUUAAUUGUGGGACAAGGGAGGUCCUUGAGCAAAUAGGUUAUGAGCCGCCUACUACCUUUAUUACUCCGUAUAAUACACCAUUAGGACAUAACGUGAUGCCGAGGGAAUUUCGAUGGAAACUAUGGGGUCUAGUCAUUGGAAAUAUGAUAACAGCAUUGACUUAUGAAAGAAUUGUUGUUUUGGGACCAGUCCAUACUUAUUUAGCUAAAAGAUUCCCCCUAAAGAGACUUGAAAAAUCUUUAUAA